UUCCGUAGUUCGCCUCGCUGUCAAAAUGGCCGCCGCUGUUGACAACGAGUUGGUGGAAAGUGAUCUGCCUAAAGCUGUGCAGCUGCUAAACAACCUCACAGAGCAGGUGGUGUCUGUCACAAGUCACGUACGCGAGCUCCUAAAUAAAUUGAAAGAUGGAGCUUUUAAGACUGAAAAGGGUUUGUCAUUUUUGGACCUCCGAUACCACCUUCUCCUGUUUUAUUUGCAAGACCUGACCCACCUCGUGAGCAUCAAAACAGAAGGAGGUCGAAUCAAAGACAGUGAAGCUUUGGAGCGGAUAGUUACAGUCCGAACGGUCCUGGAAAAGAUGAGACCACUGGACCACAAACUGAAAUACCAGAUUGAUAAACUGGUGCGCACAGCUGUAACCGGCAGUGUAGCUGAAAACGAUCCUCUACAACUUCGCCCUAAUCCUGGGAAUCUUCAAAGCAAGCUGAGUGAGUCUGAAUCUGAAGAGGAGGAUACAGAUACAGCUAAAAAACCCAGACAACCCACUGCGAAGAAGUACAUUCCACCAAAGAUCGCUCCGAUGCAUUAUGAUGGAGACGUGACGGAGGUGGACAGGAAGCAGGCGCAGGUGGAGCGGCUGAAGCGAGCGGCUCUGAGGAGCUCUGUGAUCCAGGAGCUGAGGCAGCAGUACAGCGACGCCCCCGAGGAGAUCAGGGACCGCCAGGACUUUCAGAGCGAGAGGGAGAGUCGAGAGGAGGCGCACAGGAAAAACUACGAGGAGUCGAUGAUGGUUCGUCUGCAGACGUCAAAGAGUCAGAAAAACUCCCAAAAGAGGCGCCUGAUGGGGAUGGCAGGACAGCUCGGUGGGAUUACGCACUUUGGAGACAUCUCGGCGCUAACGGGAGGAGAGACGGGUUUGGACGGGGACAGCGCCAGACCCAAGAAGAAAAAGAAAAUCAUGAAGAAGAAAACAAAAAGAAAAGCAUUCAAAAAGCACAGAUGAGCCGUUUUGACCGAAGGAGUACAUUUGAUGGCUGUUGUAAACCAUUGAAAUAAACUUGUUGAUUCA